AUGGACAACCGACACCGCCACCGGCAUCCUUUAUUAGACACAGAUGACACCCACAGGCCAGGUGACUAUGAUCAUCAUGCCAAGUCAUUGACUAUUCAUUGCAAAUCAACAAAAGUGGUUCUCCCAAGCGGGGAAAUCAUACAAUUCAAUGAACCCAUCAAAGCCGCUGAGCUCAUGCUUGAAACACCAAACUUCUUCCUCGUAAAUUCUCAAUCCCUCAAGCUCGGCUGUAGGUUUUCUCCUCUCAAUGCAGACGAAGACUUAGAGUUGGCCAACGUCUACGUCAUGUUUCCAAUGAAGAGAGUGCACUCUACGGUGACAGCAGGUGACAUGGAAGUUUUGUUUCUUGCUGCAAAUUCGGCUGCCAAAAAGGGUUUUGAUGGAAAGAUAAGUAUCUUGCCAGAAGCAGCUGAAGAGGUUAAUUUACAGGAUGUUUCAAUGGGAAAUGAGGAGAAAAAAGCAAUGCCGAAGCUUAACUUGGAUGAUAUUGAAGAGUUUUCAACUCUAGAGUUCAUGCAUAGAUUAUCCAUGUCAAGGUCUAAAAAACCAUUGCUUGAAACCAUAGCCGAAGAGCCUGUUUGUGCCAGAUGA